AUGGGUUUUGACUAUGCACUCGUCCAUGUCAAAUACACUAUACCGCCUGCAAUCUUGCUCACUCUGUUCUAUCGGCCAUUGUUCACGCGAUUGGACGUCUACAAAGUCGCUUUUCUGGUAACGAUCGCAGUUCUCUCCACUAUACCAUGGGAUUCAUACCUCAUCCAAACCGGCAUCUGGAGUUACCCUAGUCAUGUCAUUGUGGGACCGAAACUGUUUGACAUUCCCCUAGAGGAAGUCUUCUUCUUCGUCAUCCAAACGUAUAACUCCUCGUUGUUGUAUAUUAUCUUGAGCAGACCAACCUUUCAACCCUUGUAUCUUCGUGUAGAACGACAGAGUUCCCAACCGCUAGGCCCAUGCAACCAGCAAUGGCGGUGGUAUAAACGCCUUGGGCAACUUGUAUUAGCUGUCACCAUCGGCUGGGGUUGGCAUCAGGUUGUCGACAAUGGUGUAGGCACGUACACCGGUCUAAUACUCAUUUGGGCUGCUCCGUUUCUCUUACUUCUCUGGAGUCUUGCAUAUCAAUUCAUCUUAGGAUUACCUUUGUCCAACACUGUCCUACCGAUCGCGCUACCGACGAUCUAUCUUUGGAUUGUCGACACUUUGGCCCUAAAACGAGGCACUUGGGUCAUUAACUCCGGCACAAAAUAUGGUUUGCAUCUGUGGGAUGGCCUCGAGAUCGAGGAAGCACUGUUCUUCCUGUUGACCAACACCCUGAUCGUCUUCGGGCAACUCGCAUUCGACAAUGCUUUGGCCAUCUUGUAUACGUUUCCAAAGCUCUUCCCCAGUGCAGCAGUGCUCCCUUCACCGAUCGUUCUCAUUAAAGCGCUUUUUACACCUACCUCCGCCUACGACGAAGCGCGUCUGAUUGGGUUGCAGGAGGCUGUAGUUCGCUUGAAGCGGAAAAGUCGGAGUUUCUAUCUUGCUUCAUCAACGUUCCAGGGGCAACUUCGGUCAGAUUUGAUGCUAUUGUAUUCAUUCUGUCGCGUCGCCGACGACCUUGUCGAUAAUGCAUCUUCUGCCGAGGAUGCAAAGAUGUGGAUCGCCAAACUACACCGCUUUCUCGACAUGGCCUACAGUAACGAGGACGAGUCCGACAGUUCGAUCGAACCGUACGUUGUAGACAAUUUCCCCCGGGAUACGCGAUCCGCCUUGCUUCAGUUACCAUGCUCUAGACUAUCACGUCAACCUCUGCAAGACCUUCUGCGCGGCUUCGAUAUGGAUCUUGCCUUCAAUAGCGCACCUCCGAUACAGACUGAAGCCGACCUCCAAGUCUAUGCGCAAAGAGUUGCUGGAACCGUUGCACAGAUGUGUAAUGAGCUCAUAUUUCACAUCUAUUCCACAUCGCUGUCAUUGAAGGACCAACGUCGAAUCAUUCAAUCUGGCAAUCGUAUGGGAAUAGCACUUCAAUAUGUCAACAUUGCCCGCGAUAUCUCUGUAGACGCUAAGAUUGGACGUGUCUACCUACCCAUUACAUGGUUGAAGGGGGCUGGAAAAACAUACGACUCCAUACUUCAAAGCCCAGAAGGCGCUGGAGUCGAGGAAUUGCGUUCGAAACUUCUUGACAAGGCUUUCGCGCUAUACGAGGAAGCUCGGGGCGCCAUCGAAGAACUUCCAGCCGAAGCUCGCGGACCUAUUAGAGUCGCUGUAGAGAGCUACAUGGAGAUCGGUAGAGUUCUGCGACAAAAAGGGUAUGCUGUCAAAGCGGGUAGGGCUACUGUGCCACGAUGGAGGCGUCUCGGUGUAGCUUGGAAGACUCUCAACCGUUGA